UAUUGUCCGAGAAACCUGUGAGGCGAUCAUCAAAUUUUAUGCAGCUGAAGUGAUGGAAUGCCCCAGUACACCAGAUGCGUGGAAGAGAGUGGCGCUGGGGUUUGAAAACAGGUGGAACUUUGCUCACACAUGUGGGGCUUUGGAUGGCAAACAUGUGGCAAUUUGUUGUCCACCCAGAGGUGGCUCAAAUUAUUUCAAUUACAAGAAAUUCCACUCAAUUGUACUCUUGGCGGUGGUUGAUCAUAACUACAACUUCCUGUAUGUGGAUGUGGGCACAGCUGGAAGUGUUGGUGAUGGCCGGAUUUGGAAAGAAACCUGGCUUGGAAAGAAAAUGGAAGGUGGAACAGCAGGCAUGCCUGAUCCAGAACCUCUGCCAGGAGAAGACAGCCCGGACAUCCCAUAUGCAAAGGUUGCUGACGAAGCCUUUGCACUACGGCCCUGGAUUAUGAAGCCAUAUCCACAGAGGAAUCUAACUAGGGAACAGAGGAUCUUCAAUUACAGGCUGUCAAGGGCUAGGAGGGUUGUAGAAAAUUAUUUUGGCAUCUUGGCAAACAGAUUUAGAUGCUUGCUCAAGACAAUGGAGCAGAAGCCCAAGAAUGUGGAGACUAUAGUAUAUGCAGCAUGUGUUCUGCACAACCUGAUCCGAAUGAGAGGUGCAGCUGCAGGAUCAGCAACAGCCAUCCAGGACGGUGACCUAGUGGACGGUGACACAGGGGGAAUAACACUAGGUACAUGGAGAAGUGGUGCAACCGAGGCGGAAAUGGUCCCACUGCAGCGUUUCAAAGGUAACUCGGGCACAUACAGUGGGAAAGAGCAGAGAGGCCAUCUCUGCGCUUACUUCAAUUCCCAAUUGGGGAGUGUGCCGUGGCAGGACAGCUCUAUUGAUGGGUAGCCGACCACAGGAACACUACUGCAUGUUAGCAGACAUGCAUAGAAAAUAAGCUGUCUCCCUGCUCUAAGGAGCCCACAGGCAGUGUUAUCUGUGGCAUCUCCUGUUGCCUCUCCACCUGUCUCUCUUGCUGCGUCUCCUCCUCAUUCUCCUGCAUGGCAAAAACCUUUCUGACACGCUUUACCCGCUUUCUUUGAGCUUUUCUGGGAGCCAUCUCUGCAAGUGUUCCAGUGAAAAAGAUUCUCCAACAAUGACAAUGAGGUGGGACGUCCUCGAUGGACACAUGUUCCAUUGGCGAUAUUGAGACCACCUUUUUUACUCACUUUCUGUCCCCUCUGUCCAGCUUCCGGGUUCACCGUUCGCAGGAGUUUCCACGGUAAACGCAAGAGUUAUUACGGAUAUCGCACUGGCCAUAUAUGAUGUUUCAAUGUUCAAC